UUUUUAGACCUGCCAGCGGCGGUGGGAGCGGAAUGCAGGGGGCUCCCAGUGGGCCCAAGGAUUGAAUGCCCAUUUUACAGAUGAGGAAACAGAGGCCCAAAGCCGUGAAGUGAGCCGCCGCCGUCUCCCCGGACCCCUCGUUCCGGCCGUCUGUGUCCGGCUCCCCGGCCCGCAGGAUGCCCGAGGGCCCCGAGCUGUACCUGGCCAGCCGCUAUGUGAACGAGGUGUGCCGGGGGCUGGUGUUUGCGGGGGCGGUGGAGAAGUCAUCCGUCAGCCGCAACCCCGAGGUGCCGUUCUGCAGCGACUCCUACCACAUCUCGGCCGUGUCGCGGGGCAAGGAGGUGAAGCUGACCCUCACGCCGCUGACCGGGACCGAGCCCGGCCCCGUGGACCUGGUGUUCCGGUUCGGCAUGUCGGGCUCCUUCCGACUGGUCCCGGCCGAAGCCCUGCCCCGGCACGCGCACCUGCGCUUCUACACGGCAGCCCCCUGCCGCCGCGCCCUCUGCUUCGUGGACGUCCGGCGCUUCGGCCGCUGGGAGGUCCAGGGGACGUGGCAGGCGGGCCGCGGGCCCUGUGUCCUCCAGGAAUACGAGAAGUUUAGGGAGAAUGUACUCCAGAACCUGGAAGACAAGGUCUUCAACAAGCCCAUCUGCGAGGCCCUGCUGGACCAGAGAUUCUUCAAUGGUAUCGGCAACUACCUGCGGGCAGAGAUCCUGUACCGGCUGAGGAUCCCGCCCUUUGAGAGGGCCCGCACUGUGCUGGAGGCUCUGCAGCAACGCAGGCUGAGCUCGGAGCUGACCCUGAGUCAGAAGUGAAGCCAAGCUGCAGACCCUGACCUGCUGGAGCUGUGCCACACGGUGCCCAUGGAGGUCACUCACCUGGGGGGCAAGGGCUAUGGCGCAGAGGAAGAGGAUGACUUCGCCGCCUUCCACACCUGGCUGCGCUGCUACUCCGUGCCCGGCAUGAGCUCGCUGCGGGACGGCCACGGCAGAACCAUCUGGUUCUACGGGGAUCCUGGGCCCCUGGCCCCCAAAGGAGAAGAAACGCCGAGGGGGUCGCACCAAGGGGAAAGCCGGGCCUGACUUCAACACCACUGAUGCAGAAGACACGGAACCCACCCGCCCUAGAAAUGGCCCCAGGGCAGGUCGACGCUCAAGCAGGAAGGCGCGGAAGGAGACGGCCAGCACUGGGACCCCGGGGCCUGAGGGAGCCGGUGAAAGAGGCGAGGAGUCCGUCCCAGGGGCCGGAGGAAACCAACCCGCCCCCGAAGACAGUUCGGCCACCGGGGAGAGGGAGCCGCCGCGCCACGCCGGGACUUGGGCUCAGCCACCAGGCGUCGAAAACCCAAAAAGGAGAAAGCUAACAAACUGCCCCAGCUCUACCCACCCUCGCUGCCUCCCGUGAUGGCACGGUGCCAGCCUGAGCCUAGCCCGAAACACCUGAGAUGUGGCGCCUCGAGCAAGGGCGGCCGGCAGAAGCACCACCCGAUCCCCUGCGGGGUUGGCAGUUCUACCGGGACGUGCUGGGCUGUGGAGUUUUCCAGCCGACUUGCCUGCUACCGUCUUGUGCUGCCCUCUGCCUUCAUUGCUCCUCUACCGCAGAAGUAGGGGUGGGAGAUGCGCUGCCAAAAAGUGCCUUUACUCGGGGCUCCCCUCCCGCAACACCCCUUAGGCUUUUAACCGUGGCUUCCUUUCCCCUCAUCUUGGCUCCUGGCACCCUGGCAGGACCGUCCCCUCUGCGGUCUUCAGACUCUUUAUCUGGACCGACCUGAACCUGCAGCCGGGUAGCCGUGUGCUGGACUCUCGUGCCUUGGGUCAGAAGGAGCUGCCUGGGGCCUCGGGCCCAGGGAACGGCAUCGUCUGUUACCUCACGACAGUCAGCACCCUCUUCUGGCUGAGGUUUUUGGGUUCCUCUUCCCCAGCGUGUGCUGCCAUGCUCCGCUGCCCCUGGCCGUAGGCCCUGAGGGCACCUGCUGUAUUUUUGAUACCGAAAAUAAAGUUUUUCUGAAGCGUG